AUGCCAGCAAGAGUGAAAAAAAGCCCCGAAACCGAAGAAAGGCAUGACAGAACAGAGGAGAAGGAGCCAAAGGUGAAAGGAAAGAGUGGGACGUCUGCCAACCAAGAUGCACCAGACAGUGAGAAGAAAAGGAAAAGAUCCAAGAACACAGCAGACAAGGAGGGGGAGGAGAAGAGUGAGAAAGUGCAGAAAAAGAAGGAAAGCACAACUGAUAAGAUAAAGAAGAAAAAGAAAAAAGAUGAAGAUGUGAAGGAGGAUGCUGAGGCAAUAGACAGAGAGAAGGAUGGUGAUGAGCAGAACAACAAUGAGCCAGUCAAGAAGGAAAAGCAGAAAAAAGAGAAACCUCCAGCAGUGGAAGAUGGCGAGGAGGUAAAAAAAGAGAAAAAAAAGAAAAAGCAAAAGAAAAAAGAGGUAGAAAGUGAGGUGGCAGCAGGAAAAGAAGAAGAAGAAGACGGCAUGGAAAAGAAAAGUAAGGAUGUAAAAAAGAAGAAGAAGACAGUGGAUGAGGCUGAGGAGGACGAGGACGUUCAGGAGGAAGAGACAGAGGAGGAAGAGGAGAACAAAAACAAGAAGAAAAAGGAUAAAAAGAAGAAAAGGGGUUCAGAGAGUGAUGAAGAAAAGAAAGGGAAGAAAGGGAAGAAAAAGAACAAGCAGCUAGACUAUUCUGAGCUCUACCAGCAGGAGAUUGCGAAUUAUCAUACUGAGGACUCAGAUGGGUAUGAAGAUGAAUACUAUAAGAAAAAAGUGUAUGAAGUGGUGACAGUAACAGGUGAUGUGAAAGAAGCGGGCACAGACGCUAAUGUUUUUGUCACCUUGUACGGAGAGUAUGGAGUUACACCAAAAGUUCUGCUUGCCAGCAAGAGCCAAGUGGCUUUUGAAAAGAACAAAACGGAUGUGUUCCGGAUUAAAACACACAAUGUUGGGCCCAUAAAAAAACUCAGGAUCGAGCAUGACAACACAGGAAUGGGUGCCAGGUGGUAUUUGGAUCGUGUCACAUUGCUGGACAUGAACAGGCCACACCUUCGUCUUUUCUUUUCCUGCAGCCGUUGGCUGGCACGAGACGUUGGGGAUGGACUUACAGUGAGAUAUCUCCUGGGCAGCCUUAAUCCUAUGAACAUCCCUAAACAGAACAAAUACAUUGUUAGCGUGUUUACACUGGAUGUCAAAGGUAGCGGAACAGACGCAGAUGUUUAUCUGACUAUCUUUGGAGAGUUUGGAGAUACUGGAGAGAGGAAGCUUGUGAGUGAAGGGAAGGAUACUUUUGAGCGGGGAAAUGAGGAUAAAUUUACCAUAGAAAACCCAAACCUGGGCAGACUGACAAAAAUCACCAUUGGACACAACAACAAGGGUUCCUCUGCAGGCUGGGGCUGUGAUAAGGUGGCCAUUGAUGAUCUGGGUAAUAAAGAGAUGUAUGAGUUUCCUGUUAAUGCUUGGUUUGACAUAUCUGAAGGUGAUGGGAAAAUACAGAGAGAUUUCGCAUUAGGAGCUACCCAACCGAUGGCGAUGGUGUAUAACGUCCAGGUGAUGACUGGAGAUAUUCGGGGUGCUGGCACCAACUCAAAGAUCCAUCUGGUUAUGUAUGGGCAGAAGGGCAAUAAAAACAGUGGGAAGAUGUUUUUGGAAGGUGGAACUUUUGAGCGCGGACAGAUUGAUAUCUUUAACGUGGAGAUUAUGGAUCUGAUCAGUCCACUCAGCAGGGUCACAAUUGGACAUGACAAUGCUGGGAUCAGCUGUGGCUGGUACUGUGAAAAGGUUACAGUGUAUUGCCCUUUUACAGGGAUUGAGCAGGUUUUCCCAUGUCGCCGCUGGUUGGAUGAAGAUGAUGGAGAUGGCUUGGUAGAGAGGGAGCUGUAUGAAAUGGUCUCACUGCGCAAACGCAAAUUAAAGAAGCAUCAGUGGUCACUGUGGAUCUUUACAUCAGAUAUGAAAGGAGCAGGCACAGAUGCACAGAUAUUUAUACAAGUGUAUGGGGUAAAGGGCAAGAGCGACGAGAUAAAGCUGGAGACCAAAUCAGAUGGCUUCAACCAGGGCCAGUGUGACAAGUUCCUGAUUUUGAUGCCUGAGAUUGGGAAGAUAAGGAAGUUGAGAAUUUGGCAUGAGAAGAGACACCCAUUCUCUGGCUGGCAUCUAGGCAGAGUUACCUUAAUGAAAAGUCUGACCAGAGAGAAAUAUAACUUUGCAUGCAAUCGCUGGCUGGACAUUAAUGAGGAUGAUCAGGAGAUCAUUAGGGAACUGCCAGCUACUGGAGUCCAUGUUCCAGAGCCACUGCCAUUGGUAAAAUAUCGAAUAAUUAUCUACACUGGGAAUAUAACUGGCAGUGGAACAGACGCAAGUGUAUAUAUGAGCUUGGUUGGAGACCUAGGGGACACUGGAGAGAGGUUCUUGUUUAUGAGCAAAACCAAUGUCAACAAGUUUGAGAAGGGCAAUGCAGAUGAGUUUGUGAUAGAGGCUGUGUCACUCGGGACCCUCAGAAGGGUGAGAAUUGGUCAUGAUGGCCGGGGUGGAGGUUGUGGUUGGUUCCUGGAUAAAGUGCUGAUCAGAGAGGAGGGUCAACCAGAGGCUACCAGUGUGGAAUUCCCCUGUAACAGAUGGUUGGAUCGUAGUGAAGAUGAUGGACAGAUAGUACGAGAGCUGGUGCCCAGUGCAGAUGGCCAGCGCUUAUUCAACAUUAGUUACCACAUUGCAAUAAAGACAGGCAGCCUAAGCGGUGCAAGCUCCGACUCAAAAGUAUUUGUUAAACUCUAUGGCGAGAAAGGUGACACCAAUAAGAUCCUACUUGUAGCCUCAGACACCAGCCACAAUAACUACUUUGAGACGGGCCAGACUGACAUCUUCACUGUAGAGACUGUUAAUCUUGGCAAGAUAAACCGUCUCCUGAUUGGCCACACAAAUGAGGGGCUGCAGGCAGGUUGGUUCCUCGACAGUGUGUUGAUCUGGGUGCCAGUGCAUGGCCUUCAGUAUAUGUUCCCCAGUCACCGCUGGCUCUGUAAAGAUGAGGCUGAUGGCAAAGUGGAGGUUGAGAUCUACCCAAGCGAAAUACUGGAUAUUGAGAAAUUAAUAAACUAUGAGGUGACGGUCGUGACAGGGGAGGUUUUUGCAGCUGGCACCGAUGCCAAGGUGUUUCUGCAAAUCUAUGGUGAAGAGGGCAAGACGGAAGUCAUUCAGCUCAAGAGCCGUUCAAACAACUUUGAGAGAGGGACCACCGAGAUCUUUAAGAUUGAGGCUCUGGAUGUCGGUCGGGUCUAUAAGAUUCGUAUUGGCCAUAACGAUGCUGGAUUGGCUCCUGGCUGGUUCCUGGAGUACAUUGAAGUGAAACGGCUCAUUAUGGCUAUGGUAAAACCUGAGAAGAAAGAGGAGGAGAAGAAAGACAAGAAAAAGAAAAAAAAGAAAAAGGACGAAGAUGAAGAUCCAGGGGAGCUAAGAGAGGUGGUAAAGACCUACAAUUUUCCCUGCAACCGGUGGCUUGCUCGGGAUGAGGAAGAUGGAGAGAUUGUGGUGGAGCUGUUGGCAGAGGACUAUGAAGAUUUGGAGGAGAACACCUAUGAAGUCUAUGUAUUUACCGGUAGCAUGUGGGGUGCUGGGACAGAUGCAAAUGUGUACAUCAAUAUCUAUGGCGAGAUGGGAGACACAGGCGAGAGAAAGCUGCGCAAAUCAAACCAUUUCAAUAAGUUUGAACGUGGACAGGUGGAUGUGUUUACCGUUAUGGCAAUUGAUCUGGGGCAACUGAGAAAGCUACGGAUUCGCCAUGAUAACCGACAGGCCAGUGCAGGGUGGUACCUGGAUCGUGUGGAAAUUAUGGACAUGAAGGAAGAGACAAAGUAUUUCUUCCCAUGCCAGCGAUGGCUAGCAGUGGAUGAAGACGAUGGACAAUUAGCACGUGAGCUAGUUCCAGUGGAUGAAGCAUUCAUGACAAAGGAAUCCGAUGCGGGUUCUCCAGCACAGCUUGGACUUGAACAGAAAGCCAUGUCGACCACAUACACCAUGCGAAUAAAGACCGGAGACAAAAAGAAUGCUGGAACUGAUGCCAAUGUUUACACUGUUUUAUAUGGCACGAAUGAUGAUACAGGUAUCAUUAAUUUGAAGGCUUCAAAGAACCACAGAAACAAGUUUGAGAGGGGUAUGAUCGAUGAGUUCACUAUAGAGGCAGUCGACCUCGGGAGCCUUAAAAGAAUCCGCAUCGGUCACGACAACGCAGGUAGCGCACCUGGAUGGUUUUUGGACUGGGUGGAGAUCGACGCUCCAUCUCUGGGCCAGUGUUUGUGUUUCCCAUGCGGCCGUUGGCUUGAUAAAAAAGAAGAUGAUGGAGCCAUUUUUAGAGACCUUUACCACAACAAGUUACAAACUAGACUAUACACACCCUACGUUCCAUAUGAGAUUAAAAUCUUCACCAGUGACAUUUUUGCAGCGGGGACAGAUGCUGACGUCUUCAUUGUCCUGUAUGGACAGAAUGGCACAUGUACAUCUCAAAAAUCACUUUGCCUCAACAAAAGAGAGAGAACCAUGUACUUUGAAAGAGGAGCUGAAGAUAUGUUUAUUGUGGAGCUGGAGGACAUUGGUGACAUCAUUGAGAAGAUCAGGAUUGGUCAUGAUAAUCGUGGCAUGAACGGGGGUUGGCACCUUGACAGAGUAGAGAUCAGGAGACUGCUGAGAAAAGGAAAGGGUUCAGAGACUGCCAUAUUUCCAUGCGAGAGUUGGCUAGCACACUCAGAGGAAGAUGGUGAAACUAUACGGGAGCUGGUACCAUCUGACAUCAUCAUUGAGAAGUUGUCCAGAGAUGGAACACUCAAAACAAUGCAGACUGAAGUGGAUGAUGCACUGGAAAUUCAUAUAUAUUCAGUGACCGUGACCACUGGCGAUGUGUAUGGGGCAGGCACAGAUGCAAAUGUAUUUAUUACUUUAUAUGGAGACAUGGGGGAUUCGGGGGAGCGAAAACUCAGCCAGUCGGAGAACAACAGGAACAAGUUUGAAAGAGGAGCGGUGGACACUUUCAGUAUUGAAGCAGUGGAUCUUGGGGAGGUGUUCAAGAUCUGCAUACGCCAUGACAACAGCAUGCUAAGUCCUGAUUGGUACCUGGACCAGGUAGAGGUUGUGGACACAGAUACGGAUGAAGUGUUUCUUUUUCAGUGUGAGCGCUGGCUGUCUUGCAAAAAGGAAGACAAACGAAUUGAAAGAGUCUUCUAUGUCAAGGGGUUCACAGAAGAAAGAGAGAGUGCGUUUUGUCCUAUAAGAAGAGUGACCAACCUGGACAGCAACAUGAAUAAAAAGAGCAAAAAACGAGCCACUGAGGAGGAGGAGGAAGAGGAGGAGGAAGACCAGGAUUCCUCAUUGAUACCUUAUCACUUGACAGUGAAAACAGGCUCUGAUCGUCUAGCAGGGACAAACAGCCGUGCUUAUGUCAUCAUUAAGGGGUCAAAACACAGACAGACCGAACUUAUGUGGCUGGAGUUGGAAGGGAAGACCGCCUUCACACCUCAAGCCCUCGACUAUUUUACCUGUUAUGGUAGAGAUGUAGGGGACAUAAAAAAAGUGGAGUUAGGCCAUGAUGGUGCCACUGCAGAAAGCUGCUGGUUUGUGGGUGAAUUCUCUGUUGCUGUGCCGACCAAAGGGAUCAUGUAUGUUUUUCCCUGCAAAUACUGGCUGGCCAAAGAUCGAGGGGAAGGAUUAACUUCACGCGUGUUUAAUGUCAUUGAUGCAGACACUAUCAGCAUUUCACGCAAGGUUAUCUAUGAGGUAACCGUGGUAACAGGUGAUGUCCAGCACGCUGGCACAGAUACACAAAUCUACCUCACGUUGUUUGGAGUGUACGGCACAUCGGAGGAGAUCAUUCUGCCUAAAUUGGAAGAUAGGUUUGAAAGAUGUCAGACCGACACGUUUAAUCUAGAGAUCGAAGACAUUGCUCCACUCCGGAAGAUGCGAGUUCGCAUUGAUGGCUCUGGAAGUAGACCCAACUGGUUCCUUGAUAAGAUUGUUUUGCAUAACCUUGAGACAGACGAGGUGGCAUUGUUUGUGUAUGAGGAUUGGCUGUCCCGCUCAUAUGGACCCAACCGCACACUUGUGUGUGAGAUGGCUGCGAUUAUUGACGAUGAAGAAGUGGUGCAACUCACAACAUAUACAAUUGCAGUCAAAACCAGUGAUCUCGCAGGUGCGGGGACAGAUGCCAAUAUAUGGAUGAUUAUUUUUGGUGAGAAUGGAGACACAGGGGCUCUUGCUCUGAAAGAAAGCGAGAACACCAACAAGUUUGAGCAAAGUUUGACUGACACAUUUCACUUUUCGGAUAUACUUAGUCUUGGAGAGCUCUCCAAAAUCCGGGUGUGGCAUGACAACACAGGGCUUGCUCCAGGGUGGCAUCUGGAAUCAGUGGAUAUUUCUGAUGAAACCAUGGGGAAGAAGUUUCGUUUUCGUUGUGACCGCUGGCUUGCAAAGAAGGAGGAUGAUGGCCAGAUCAUGAGAGAGAUAGCCUGUGCUAACAAUGAUGUGCUGGACUUUGAUGAGAAAACUAAGUAUGAGGUUGUCACAUUAACAGCAGAUACAGACGAUGCAGAGACAAAAGAGAAUGCCUGGAUCAUUCUAGAGGGAAGACUAGGAAGAUCCAAAGAACUCACGAUGGAGAACUCCACCAAAAAGAAACGUUUUUUACGAGGUGCCAUGGACCGGUUUGAGUUCUCCUGUAAGAUUCUGGGUGACAUUGUUUGUAUCUGCCUGGGCCACAGUCCCAAAGAUGGCAAGAAGAACAAAUCAGAAGCCUUCUGGAGGGUGGAGGAAGUCAUCAUAAAAGAGAAAAACCUUGGCAACAGGUACAUCUUCCGCUGCAAUGCACUUAUCCCCCUAUUGUACAAGCGUGAUGACUUCCAGACCUUUGAGUGCACAAAGUUCAUUGAGAGCUUUGCCAGCAAAGCACGCAAACUGGCACCUGUCACAUAUGAGAUCAUUGUGAUAACAGGUGACGAAAAGGGUGCAGGUACAGAUGCCAAGGUCUUUCUUACUGUCUUCGGCACCAGUGGUGACUCAGGCCACCGCCAACUGAAGCAGAAGUUCCGUAAUCUAUUCGAGCGUGGCCGUACAGACCGAUUUAGCAUAGAACUGUUGGAUAUGGGUGAGCUGCUUAGAGUCUGCAUUGAGCACGAUAACUCAGGCAUCAGUCCUGGUUGGCUGCUGAAUCGGGUUGAGAUCACUAACACAGCCAAUGGGGUGACAACUGUCUUCCCAUGUGACAAAUGGCUGGACAAGAACCAAGCUGAUGGCAAAAUUAAGAGGGUCCUUUACCCAAGGUAUUGACAUCUUGGGAUUGCAAAAAAAAAUAAUAAUGCACUAACAAAAGGCCAACUUUUUUUUCUUCUAAAUGGAAGUAGUGGAUGCUAAAUAUGAAUAAUGCAAUGUAUAUUAGCAUAUGCCUGAUGCACAAAAAAGCAAGGUAAUGAACA